AUGAUGAGCGCCAGCAGUAACAAAAGGGUGAAGAACGGAUCAGAGUCGUCGAGGAGGCCUAAUAGGAAUGGUCAGGAGAGGCAUCGAUCCAGAUCUCCUAGCUACAGAGAUAGGCCUACUGGAAUGAGAAAAGGGCCAGACAGUCAUCGUGAGAAGUCGUAUUCGUCCGCUGACAGUAAGGAGAUUAGAAAACGGCCCAUACACCCACCCAUACGACAUCGAUCUGACCAAAGCGACAGAGAUGAGGAACAGGAGUUUGAGCGACAGGGUGUAGAUGAAAUACACGUAGAGUUACCACCUUCUACCAUCACCGAAAAGAAAGCAGAACAGGUGAAAACUAAUACGAAUAAUUCGUUGUCCGGAAUUAAGAAACAGCAGCAGCAGCACCGCGCCGGAUCCGUACCAACCAGCGAUGAAGAUACUUCUAUUGAAGAUGAAGAAGACGCAUCUCAACAAAUAGAGGAGCGAUCAUCAUUAUCAUCAACCAAACGAAUGACUGCAUCCUGCUCGAAGUCGUCGACUAUGGACAAGAAAACAGUGUUCGGAAAAUUCAAAAUCAACCAUACACAUGCCUGGUGCGAUGACUCCAUCCUCCAGCUGCACGUGGUGGAUACUACGAAACAACAACAACAGCAGCAGCAGCAGCAGCAGCAGGAGCAGCAGGAAUACGCCUACGAGGAAAUUAGAAAAGUGUUUCGUGGACGUGCCGAACACCGACAAGAACAGUGUCCUGUCAAGCGCAUUCAUUGA